AUGAAGAAUGAGGAAAACGUUUUGACCAUUGCCAAUACUCUCCUCAGCGGAAGAGGUCCGUCAAAAAAGCACUCCAGAUGCACGAAGGGGAAGCAUAUCGACGAAUGGUUCCGAGAUGAGGCGCAUCGCAGAGAAGCAAAGCUUCCGCAGGUUGCUGAGGAGGAUGUGACAAUGCUGAUCAAGCUUGUGAUGGAAGCGCUUCUUGACAGAAAGCUUUUGCAUACCGCGCAGAAACCCGAUAAUCUCCGUCGCAUCAUUCGCGUAAACGGCGACAUGUGGGAUAAGAAAUAUGUUUAUUCUUGGGAUUACGACGGUCCUGCUGGAAUGCGAUACUUGAAGACGGCAUUCACCCUUCUCGCCAUUGUCGCUGUGUUCACCUACAGAAUUUGGCCCCGCCCGCUCCAGAAUAUCGUCUUUUAUCUGUUGCUCUUCCUGACCCUGGGUUUGAUUGGCCUCGAAGUGAUUCGUUUUGCCAUCUUCCUCGUCUGCUACCUCUUCGGCUACCGAAUCUGGAUCUUCCCAGACCUGGAUCGUGACGAUAAGGGCAUUUUCGGUGUGUUCACUCCGCUCAUUUCGGUGGAAAAAAUCGAGGAUGGACACACCACAGCUCGGAUUGUCGUUCUGGGCAUUUUGGGAGCGACUCUCGCGAUGUACUUGGCGAAUCCUCGUGGAUUCACGCGCGGAUGCAUGACUGUGUACAACACGGGCGUGCAGACAGGUGCGAGUUGUAGUGCCUUCUCCUAUGUGUAG